UGAGUGGUACAGCCCACUUUGGAACCUCGGCGGUCAUCGUUAACAGUUAUUUCACUUUCACCUCUCCCCAUUCCGCCGGUAAAGUGGUACAUUCCACUCCUGCUCCUCCCCCCGUUCCUUAGCACGCCGUUCCAGGUGGUAGGCGCCGCGCGCUCUGAUUGGUCGCGCCAGCCCGCAGUCGACGCCGCUGCCGCCAGAGAGAGUCAGUCAGUCUGCGAAGGGAGCGAACGACGAGCUGGUCGCUUGGCGGCCGCUUUUCCUUCUUUGCCUUUUCGCCCACGGGUACGUCGGCUGGCGAUGGCUUCGGAUUCUGGAAGUUUCGGCCAUUCUGGUGGUCAGCAGCAGAGCUAUGCAGGGUAUGGCAAUCAAGGAAAUCAGAACUUUGGACAAGCGCCACAGGGUUACCCUGGCUACGAGCCGAGCGGGGAGAGUUCCUCUUACGGGCAAGGGUACGGAAGCUAUCAAGGCAACUAUGGACAAACACAGACAGGUUAUGGGCAAAGUGGCCAGCAAGGUUUUGGCGGUUAUGAAAAUCAGAACCAGAGCUCCUACGGCCAGGAGUCCUACGGCAAUCAGGGGCAACAGAAAGAUUCAUCAGGAGGUGGGGGGUCUUCAUACGACCAGAAGCCCAGCUAUGGGCAACAACAAGGUUCGUACGACCAACCCUCCAGUUACGGUCAGCAGCCAGGGUCCUUUGACCAACAGUCAGGUUACAGCCAGCAGCAAAGGCAAUUUGACCAGCAGUCUGGCUACGGCCAACAGGGACAGCAGCAAAGCUUAUAUGACCAGCAGUCCAGCUAUGGCCAAAAUCAAGACUCAUAUGACCAGCAGCGGCAGGGCUUUGGUCAGCCGCCAGGCUCCUACAACCAAAAGUCAAACUACGGCCAGCAACAAGGAUCAUAUGGCCAGAACCAGCCAUCCUACCAGUUACAGCAGAAGGAAGGUUUUGGCCACAACGUGCAAGAUGAACGCCGUGAAAAGAGCAGGUAUGGAGAAGACAACAGAGGUUUUGGUGGGCCUCGAGGAGGUGGAAGCAGGUUCGAUGCUGACAGCAGAGGUCCGAUGUCUGGGAUGAGUGGUGGUGACCGAGGGGGCUCCAAAAAUUUUGGUGGUCAAAGGGAUUAUGGUCCAAAGUCAAAUGCUGAUUCAGAAUCUGAUAACUCUGACAACAACACCAUCUUUGUACAAGGACUUGGGGAUGAUGUUUCAACAGAUCAAGUGGCUGAAUAUUUCAAGCAAAUAGGUAUUAUUAAGACUAAUAAAAAGACAGGGAAACUUAUGAUAAACCUCUACACGGACAAGGAUACCGGCAAGCCGAAGGGGGAAGCAACGGUGUCUUUUGAUGAUCCUCCUUCUGCUAAGGCAGCUAUUGACUGGUUUGAUGGAAAGGAAUUCAAUGGCAGUGUAAUCCGGGUUUCUUUUGCAACUAGGCGGCCUGAAUUCAUGCGAGGCGGUGGUGGAGGAGGCGGACGCAGAGGUUCACGAGGAGGGGGCUUCGGAAGAGGCGGGGGCUUCCAGGGCCGAAGCGGGGAGCCCAAAAGUGGAGACUGGGUUUGCCCGAAUCCGAGCUGUGGUAACAUGAAUUUUGCCCGCCGGAAUUCCUGCAAUCAAUGUAACGAGCCUAGGCCAGAAGACUCGCGUUCCUCGGGAGGAGACUUCCGCGGCAGAGGUGGCUUUGGAGGCGAUAGGGGUUUCCGAGGCCGCGGUGGCUGGGGCGGCGGCGGCUAUGGUGGCAAAAUGGGAGGAAGGAAUGAUUUCAGAAGCGAUCAACGUAACAGACCCUACUAAUAAUGGUGGUGAAUAUCCCCUUCGUCUUUCUAAUGGAUUUCUUUUGGUGAAAUUUGCCAUGUUUCGCCUGCUGCUUUAUGCCCUGUGGCCUCUUCUGGAUAAUGGAAUUAAAAUGUGAAAUCGGCUUUUUAUUUUGGUGGGAGGGACUGGGCCAGAGGCUCAAUUCAUCUUUUUCUUUCUUUUUUUUUAAAGCAAGUCCACUGAAAUUUCAUCUUUAAUUUCCAACAUUUCCCCUCCCCCCUCCAGUAUAUAAUUUAUCCCCACCUCACCCCUCUGCCAACUAAAUUUUUCCAUGGCCUCGGAAAGAAGGAAUUAAAUUGUAAAAUAUUUGCCAAAAAUCUGAUUGUUUUAUAAUACAAUAAAAGCUGUUUAUUUGUGACAUUUUA